AACCUUUUAGAAGUAAAGUUAGAACCAGAAGAAUAUCCAGAGGAUGGCCUGGACCAUGAGGACGACACAGACCAACCUCCUCCACCACCUCCUGAGGUCAGCUUUAUGGAACAGCCUCCUGACAUUGUUGUAAGGACAUCAGGUGGUGCCACAUCUUCCUUGGGUUUGCCCUCAGUCUUCCUGCCUCAGCAAACCACAAGUGAUAAGAGCCAUCAGAGAAGAAAUUCCCACGAAAAGACUUCCUCAGCCAGCCUACAACCAGAGUUCCCACAGGAUCCAUCUUGCCAAAAUCUGCCAUAUCCUUGCCCAUUCUGUGAAAAGGCAUAUACGUCUUGGGGUUUCCGAAGGCGUCACAUCAAAGGUUAUCACACAUCCUCUCCAGAAUUGCCCUGCAAGUGGUGCUACACAAUAUUAUCAUCUCAUCAAGAAUGGGAGGAGCAUGUCACAAGAAGACACAACCUUGCAUCAGGGGAUGCGCGCAAUGGCCUCUUAAUCCUAGAGGAGGCACACAUGGUUCUCCAGAUUGCACAACCAACAAGAAUUGAUUCCUUGAUGGAGCUUAUUAAGAAUAAGAAGGACAAAGAUGGGGAUGAUUCCAAAGGAAAAGAUGGCGAGUCAAAGGAUGCAGUUCAAAGUCAAAAUCAGAGAGAUAAAGGUGAGGGAAGCAAGUGAGGAAAGAAAUCUGCAUUAUAAUUUCUCAUUCAGGGAUGACAAAAGAAGAGACAAAAAUACUUCCAGAUAGAGUUCUACCAUGAGUGUUAUGUAAUAUGAUGUGAAUGUUUGUUUAAUGCGGGUGACUGUGCAUAGGGUGAUAACUGGUAUUUUUCAAGUGUGAUAAAAGGAUGUCAGUGUGCCUUCUGGCAAGAGAAGUUUCAAGGGUACAUUUCAUUGCCAUACAGACAUGUGAUAUUAUACCUUGAGGAUGCAUCUUCUUGGAUGUAAAAUGUAGGAGUGGGUUUCAGAAGAAUUAUUCAUUUGUUUAUAACAAAUUUUAAACUCUUGAGGAAGUGCAUAUGAAUAUAACCAGUAUGUAAAGCAUGUAUAUUAUAUUUAGUCAGUCAGGUCUUUCUUUACAAUUUUAUGAAGAGAACUAGAUUCAUAACAAAAAAUUAUUUUUGUAAUUUGUUCCUUUAAUUUAUUCAGUUUCUGAAAAUAAUUAGUGAAAUGUAGUAAGUUCACACACAGCCUCUUCAUAUGCAUUAUCUUAUUCCCAGUGUCAUUAAGGUAACCUAUAAGAAAAGAGAAGUAUAUUUGUAGAGAACACUAAUCACUAUUUUUCAUGUAACAAUUCCAAGCUGAGAUCAGAUGUCGUCUCAUUGUAGAAAACUUUUAUCUCCCUGGAAAUGUACAUCUGUUUUCCUGCUCUUUUUAUAGUCAACUAGUGUACAGUGCUUCUGUAUGUGUAAUGUGGAUUUAAUGUCCAUCAGAGGAUACAUUCCAGGGGUACCACUGACUUGUGCCUGGAGGAAUACUACCCUCAAGAGGUUAUCUGAGUUCUGUACCCACAUUACAUAACUAAUAUUUGAAUGGUAAUGCACAAAAUAAUAAUAAUAUAAUUAUUACUGUAUUUAUUCUGGAAUGAGUAUAGGGUCUCUUGUUUGAAAUUAUUUUAACUUUUGCCAGUACCUAACGGAAAAUGUAUUUUUAUACUGAGUUAGUGGCAAAUCAAUAUUUUUUUGUUCAAUAUAACAUAAAAUAUGAA